AUGCGACUUCGGCGGCCUCGUUCCGCGCUCAUUGCCGGUGCAAUUUUGGCCAUCACGCUGCUCUACCUGCAUCAGUCCUCGGGUUCAUGGACGCCAUUGGCAUCUGCGGUACCUGCUGUCAGACUUUGCCCAGAGCCGCCGUUGCUUGAAGAUAUCCUCGUUGUGCUCCGGACCGGUGCGACGGAGGCGCUUGAGAAGCUGCCAAACCAUUUCGAUACUACGCUCACUUGCGUCCCAGACUAUGUCAUCUACUCAGAUGCGGAGGAGUAUAUUAAGGGUCACCAUACAUACGAUGUUCUCAACGAAGUCAACGAGGCUGUCAAGCGUGAGGCGCCUGAAUUCAAGCUCUAUGAACAGUUGCGCACCAAUGGAAGAGCUGGCUUGAAUUAUGAGACCAUUUUCGGAAGUGGGCCUACAGGCGCCUUGGAGAAUCCGGGCUGGAAGCUGGACAAAUGGAAGUUCCUGCCCAUGGUCCGCAGGGCGCUCCUACAUAGACCUACCGCCAAGUGGUUCGUCUUCGUGGAAUCGGACACAUACAUGCUGUGGCAGAACGUGGUCGAGUACCUGUCCAAGUUCAAUUCAAGCGAGGCUCAUUACCUUGGCAAGCAUAUGUACAUUGGGAGUGUACUAUUUGCUCACGGAGGCUCCGGCUUCAUUCUAUCAAAUCCAGCUGCGGCAAAGGUAGCAGCGCACUGGAAAAGCCACGAGGAUGAAUACGAUCGGUACACGCUCGGGGAGUGGGCUGGCGACAUGGUCUUGGGGAAGGUCCUCAAAGAUGUCAACAUUGACCUGUUCUGGGCAUUCCCUCAUUUGCAAGGAGACAGCCUCACGACGAUAGACUGGAACGUCUCGAAGGUGGAUCGCCAACCCUGGUGCUACGCCCCACUGACAUUUCAUCACAUGAACAAAGCUGAGUUUGGCUCCUUGUGGGAAUUCGAACAAUUCUGGCUCCGUCGAAAUACCGCUGUACCAAAGUUCCGUGAUAUUUUCAAGGCCAUUAUACUUCCGCGGCUCCGACCGGAUCUCGGCGAAUGGGAUAAUAUCUCUGGUGGGAUCGAGUACAGUGAUGAGGCGACAGCCAAGCUCUCGGAUGAAAAGAAGAGGGCACUCUCGAUGGUUGAAAGAAAAGCACAGACAUCCUUUGACAGCUGCCGAGAGGCAUGCGAGAGUACAGCUUUAUGUAUUCAAUUCUCGCAUGCGCCGGGCAAGUGUCUCAUAUCGAGUGAGUUGCGGUUAGGAAACGCUGCGGACUCCCAGUGCUUGGAAUAUUCGAGGGCAGCAGGAAGGUGCAUCAGGACGACGGCGGCGAACAAUGGUGAUAGCUCAGUAUCCAGCGCCGUCGUGCGGUCUGGUUGGAUCAUGAGCAGAGUCUCACAAUAUGUGGAUGAGCUGGAUCAAUCAUGCACUGGUCCAGAAGAGGACUACUGGGUCACAUAA